CAUACAAGGACUGAAGACUGAAGACGGGAAAGGCGAGAGGGAGAGACAGCGAUGGAGGAGGAGAUGCAGCAGGCAGAGGUGGCAUACUGCGUGCCCAAAAUUUGCAGGCAGAGAAGCCCCUACAGCGCUCUCAAAACAUUCCCCAGCAAGAGGCCAGUUGGCAAGAGGUACGACAGACCGACCAUGGUGGAGAUCCCGCUGAUGGGUGCCGGGGGAGGGUACCACCAACAUCAUCCAAGUCAUCAGCUCCAGCAACAACAACAGCAUCACCAGCCCUCCAUCAUCAGCAGCAGCGAAAGUCAUCAGCAGCAGCAGCGUUUCCACUACGAGAACGGGCCCAGAGCAGCAACAUCCCCUAGUUCAGCAUCCCUCGGCACUCGGCAAAGGAUCACCGGCGCCCCAGCGGGUCAUCUCACCUCCAGGUACACUGCCAGCCUUGGGCGAGAGACCGCCGACUCAAACCUGGGAUUCAGCGCAGAGAAUCGCAUGAUUUUAGAUGCCUUUGCCCAGCAGUGCAGUCGAGUGCUAAGUCUCCUCAAUAACAAAGGGAAGUUCCUGGACCCCAAGCCACCCCAGUCAGUACUGUCCCUCAUAAAACAAGAAGAAACGUGUUACAGGGAAAGGCCAGGUGAGUGUCAGCUGGCAAAGGGAGCUCAUGGGGAACCUCAGACUUCAGACAGUCCGGACAUGGAGCUGCAGUACGCACAGACGAAGCACCAGACCUCCGCCUUCCUCCGCGUCUUCACCGAAUCUCUCCAGAGCUACCUGAUCUCUGGGAGCCGGCCCUCUCAGAGUACCUACAGUCACAAUGGCAACGACUUGGAUCCCUUACCCACCUCCCCGGCCCACACUCUGGAGGGGUGGACAUCACCAGCCACCUCAGAGUCUCACGGCCACCCAUCUUCCACGCUCCCAGAGGAAGAGGAGGAGGAGGAGGAGGGGUGCUGCCCCAGGUGUCUGGAGCUGGAACAAGAGGUCCUGUCACUUCAGCAGGAAAAUGAGGACCUCAGAAGGAAAGUGGAUAGUGUGCCAGUGCCCUGUCAGGAUGUCCUAGACUAUUUCAAAAGAGUGCUUCAGCAACACAACCAGUUUGUGCAUCCGCAACCCGAGGAACAUCUUACAGAGGUACAGUGCUUACUUACAGAGGGAAGUAAGCAGUUGCUUGGCAACUAUCCUGUUUACAUCACCAACAAGCAGUGGGAUGAGGCAGUGAACUCUUCCAAAAAAGACGGCCGCAGGCUGCUACGCUACCUGAUCCGGUUUGUGUUCACCACCGAUGAACUGAAGUAUUCGUGCGGACUUGGAAAGCGGAAGAGAUCUGUGCAGCUAGGAGAGCAGGGCCCAGAAAGACGGCCACUAAAUCCAGUUAAAGUGACCUGUCUCAGAGAGUUCAUUAGAAUGCACUGUGCCUCCAAUCCAGACUGGUGGAUGCCUUCAGAAGAGCAGAUCAACAAGGUGUUCAGCGAUGCUGUCGGUCACGCUCGGCAGGGCCGGGCAGUGGGGACCUUCCUCAGCAGUGGCAGCAGCAUGUACUACGAGAGCUUUGAGAGCCACCUGUCACAGGAUGACUUGUUCCUGAAGGGAUCCCAAGACAGGUCCGGGGACUGAAACAGGAGUUAGAUUCUGCAGCAGUUCAGUAUCACCACUCCUCUCCUUUAACAAAACUGAAACAGAGUCACACAAUUAUUUGGGCAUUCGGCGGCACAAUGCACCGUAUAUUUCAUGGAAGAAUAUGUUCUGGAUUAACUUGUCUACUGAUGCUUCACUAGAAGCUUGUCUGUCAUAUUAUUUUUGGUUUUGUAUCUGCAACUCUGCCUGUUCUUAGACCCUUUGUGACUAGCCAUUGGUCUUGAAAUGAGAGCUAGAGGGGUCCCCAGCUGCUUUCAAGCACUGCACGUUCAGUCCCUCAUUUCUCACUGCCUUGUGGCUCCUGUAGCCUGUGUAGGAGACAGAACUGUUGAGUCCAUUCAAAUACAAAACCCAGAAGAGCUGCUAGCAGGAUCUUCAGUAUAUAGAUCUUUUGAGAGGCACGUCUAAGUUGGAGUCAUCAGAGACUGCAUCAUUCAGAGCUGGAUGAAACACCUGCGAUCUUCAUCCUCUCAGUAACAUUCAUCUGAGUCUGGAUGAGGUCUCGGGCUGAGACAGCCCUCAGCAAGCAUUAUGUGUAUGUGAAGCCCUGUAACUUCCUGUAGACUUCAAGGGGAGGAAAACCACCCGCAGGACUCAAUCAGCUGAACCUUUUCUACCGAAAACAGUGGCCUACAGAAAAUCUCAACAAUCUUACCCAGUUGCUUACCUGGAAUGUUAUCGACUUCUAAUCACAUUGCCCAGAUCCCUCUUUUCACAUGUACAAAUUUUCCAUGACGAAUUUAAGUCAUACCAAAAUCAGUGCCGAACAUAACGGAAAGCCUCUUUUUUUUU